AUGGGGCUUGUGAAGCGCAUCGAAGAAGUUCACAAAGCAUUCGGUGAACUUGGAACUUUGAAAACAGAACCUGUUAAAAUCCUGUUAAAAGAGAACGCACAGCCAUACACAGUGCACACGGCCCGUCGCGUCCCUUUGCCCAUGUUGCAGCAAGUAAAAGAAGAAUUGCAGCGAAUGGAGGAGAAUGAGGUGAUAGAAGCCGUGACUGAACCUACAGACUGGUGUGCACCAAUGGUGCCAGUCCCACGGAAAAAUGGAAAAGUGCGUAUCUGUGUGGAUUUGAAGAGGUUAAAUGAAGGUGUACGUAGAGAGAGAUAUGUCCUUCCUACCGCAGAGGAAAUCACUGCAAAGCUCAGUGGCGCAACCAUGUUCACAUCUUUGGAUGCCGCCUCUGGCUUUUGGCAAAUUCCUCUCCACCCAGAAAGCACCAAAUUAACCACCUUCAUAACGCCCUUUGGGAGAUAUGCCUUCAAACGACUCCCAUUUGGUAUCACGAGCGCGCCUGAAAUUUUUCAGCGCAAGAUGACGGAGACGCUCAACGGCCUGGAAGGCGUGGCAAUCUUUAUGGAUGAUGUGCUAGUGUAUGGUGACACUCCUGAGCAGCACGACCAGCGUCUCAGCAAGGUGUUGGAGAGGAUUGAGUCGGCCGGACUGAAGCUGAACAAAGAAAAAUGUAAAUUCAGACAAGACCAGCUUCACUUCCUGGGCCAGGUAAUUGACAAAUCAGGCGUGAGGCCGGACCCUGAUAAAGUCAAAGCAAUCCGUGAGCUCCCUCCACCACAGAAUGUGAAUGACCUAAGGCGUGUCCUGGGUAUGUUUAACUACUUAGGGAAAUACAUCCCAAACCUGUCAACAGUGGGCCAGCCACUAUAUGAACUGUUAAGAUCCAAGUCAGUUUGGACGUGGGACCAUUCUCAACAGGAGGCAUUCCAGCGCCUGAAAGACAUUCUGUCUACCUCUCCAGUCCUGAAAUUCUACGAUGUGAACCGACCAACUGCUGUAUCAGCUGAUGCCAGCAGCUAUGGCAUUGGCGGGGUACUGCUGCAGCUGCACGACAAGGACUGGAAACCAGUGGCAUUCUGCUCGCGUCGUCUGUCGGAGGCCGAGACCAGAUAUGCCCAAAUUGAGAAAGAAUGUUUGGCUAGUGUGUGGGCGUGUGAGAGAUUCGAGAAGUACCUCUGUGGCCUUGAAAACUUCAAGUUGGUCACAGACCACAAACCUUUGGUGCCACUUAUGAACAAAAAGGACCUUGACAAUGUGCCAAUACGAUGCCAAAGGCUACUCAUGAGACUGAUGAGGUUUAAACCAACAGCUGAAUACGCACCUGGAAAAACAUUGACAGUGGCAGAUACACUCUCGCGAAGUCCGCUACAGUACGUAGAAAGAGAGGCUGACACUCACUCAGAUGUAACGUGUUACAUAGCAGCCAUUGUUGAUAAUAUGCCAGCUACUCCACAUAAACUGAUGGCCAUAAAGACAGCUACUGCAGCUGACUACAAUCUUCAGUUAGUGUUGCAGUACGUCAGAUCCGGUUGGCCUGAGUAUAUAGGCAAUGAUCCAGCAGUGAUUAAAGACUACUUUCCCAUCAGAAAUGAACUGUCUGAACACAACGGGAUCAUCAUUAGAGGAAACCGCAUGGUGAUUCCUGAUGUCAUGAGAGCAGACAUCCUGGAUCGAAUACAUGACGGACAUCAAGGUCUGACAAAGUGCCGAGAGCGGGCCCAUGCGUCUGUGUGGUGGCCCGGCGUCUCAUCUGAAAUUAAAAACAAAGUCCAGUCUUGUCAGGUAUGCCGUGAGAUGAAACCCGCACAGCGAAAGGAACCCCUGAUCUCAACCCCUUUACCUGAUAGACCCUGGAAGAGACUCGCCAUUGACCUGUGUGACCAUAACAAACACAUCUACCUUGUUGUCUCGGACUACUUCUCCCGGUUCCUUGAGAUACUUCACCUGCCAACAACCACUGCUUCACAGGUGAUUUUAAAGCUGAAAGGAGUGUUUGGAAGAUUUGGUUGUCCAGAUGAGGUCGUUUCAGACAAUGGGCCUCAGUUCUCUUGCCAAGAGUUUCAAGAGUUUGCAAGACAGUUUGACUUUAUGCACAUCACCUCUAGUCCACACAACCCCCAAGGGAAAGGACAUGCUGAGAGAGGAGUACAAACCGCAAAGAGAAUCCUACAGCAGAAAGAUCCUCUGCUCGCCCUUAUGUGCUAUCGGUCAACGCCUUGCGCCACCACAGGCGUGAGCCCAGCAGAGCUGCUUAUGGGCCGGAAGAUCAAAACAACUCUUCCGACUCUGGAGGCAAAUCUUCUGCCUCGAUGGCCUGAUCUGGAAUUAGUCAGGAAUAAGGAUGCAAUGGAAAAACAGAAACAAGCAUUCUACUUUAAUCAGCGCCAUGGAGCCAGACCCCUACCACCACUAAAACCAGGUGAUCCGGUCCUCAUGAAAUUGGACCAUCAGAAGUCCUGGAAAACACCCGCCAUUGUCACUGGAGAAGGCAUCACACCUCGAUCCUUUGUCAUUGAAACACCCCAGGGUGCAACACUGCGACGCAACCGCCGUCACUUGCAACAUGUUCCUGAAACAGCUGGAGCUGCACACCCUUUAGCUCCAGAUGGACUACAGCAGGGAGCUGCUGGACAGCAGCCCGACCCUCCAGUUUCGACUGACACUACCUCACCAACAGCAAGUGUUAAACCACCAGACCCACAGAAUGGACUGUUUCAUACCCGGUCUGGCAGACAGAGUAAACCUGGGGAAAGACUGAAUCUGUGA